AUGGAAACACAAGUUUCAUCACCCGUAGAGCGACAAGAAGAAGCCUCAUCAUCAUCAUCAUUGAAUCCAACCACAAGUACUCAUCCCUCUACGAGUCAUUUAUUUAUUGAAAAUAUUAUGAAAGCUGCUCUUCAUCCGAGUGAUAUGGAAAUCAUUCAACAAAAACAAGCCGAGGCUUUUAAAGUGAUGAAGCAAACCAAUGAAGAUCUUCAACAGAUCAAUUUAAAGUGUAGUAAUGAGUUACCGAAUAUUCAAAAAGAUUUUCAAAUUCAUCAAUUCAUGUUGAAAGAAAUGAAGAGUGAUUUGGAGUUUAUAACAAAAGCCUUGGCUGAUAUGAGGAGAAAAUUAGGAAUUAAAGAACCCGAACGGAAAGAUGAUGAGGUGGACGAGGUGGAUUUGGACGAUGAAGUAUUGACUUAUUCACCAGUGGCACCAUCAAAAGUGCAACACGUGAAUGCUGAUUCCUUGCAAGAACAUGAUUCUGAUUAUUUGGAAGGUGAUGAUAUGAUGCAUUAUGUGAAUUGA